CUCGCUCUGAGAUCCGGGAGAAGAGGGAAAGGGAGUGACUCUCGCGCUGAGAGCAGUGAAAGCACUCUUGGCUUCUGCUCUCCUCUACUGUGCGUUCAGUUGCGCUCCUGUGCUCGCGCUGUAAACAUCUCUCAACAAUGACCGCAACGUCUUCGCAGACCACAACUCAUGACGUCACUCACUUUCCCUUGACUCCGCCCUCGAGUCCCGAAACGCCGCCAAAACGCUUCGAUUUCCACCGAUUCGCGGAGUCGGCGGUCGAGGGAGUCGUCGGCCGCCACUCGGCGUCCGCUCCGGCCGUCGUCUUCUCGCGCUAUUCGGGGCGACCGAAGAAAGAGUUCGUUUGUCGCUUCUGUUGCCGGCGCUUCACAAAGUCCUACAAUCUGCUGAUCCACGAGCGCACGCAUACCGACGAACGGCCCUUCGAGUGCGACGUCUGCGGGAAGGCCUUCCGACGGCAGGACCAUCUCCGCGACCACCGGUCAGUAUCGCAGAUGUCUUUAAACACCUUUGUGUUGAGUGUUGAGAGGCAGCAAAGAGAGCAC